UCCGUUCCCUUUAGAAGCAGCCAAAUAACAAAACACAAAACUUAUUAAAAGGACAACUGUGUAUCCAUCCUCUUGAAUAUUAAAACAAGACUUUGCAACAACUGCAAUUGAUUUUCAUUAGUUUAUUGAUCCUCAAGAGAAGAAAACGAAUAUGGCUACUCUUCAUCACAUUCACAGCAUCAACUUCUCUUCUGUUUUUCCAUCUCAUUCUUCUUCUUCAUCACUUACCAAGAGAUCUCUUUCUUAUAAAUAUAAAUUCCCGGCAACCGGAAACCGGAUGGCUCGGUUAUAUUCUUCGUCUGAUGAUCGUGCUAAGGUGUUUGAUGUUGUAAUAGUUGGUGCUGGUAUCAUUGGUUUAACCGUUGCUAGACAGUUUCUUAUGGAUUCGGAUUUAUCUGUGGCGAUAGUUGAUAAAGGUCUUCCUUGUUCUGGUGCCACUGGUGCAGGGCAGGGAUAUCUGUGGAUGACCCACAAAACACCAGGGAGUGCGACAUGGGAUCUUUCUAUGAGAAGUCACCAACUUUGGACGAUGAUGGCAGAAAACCUACAAGAGCAAGGCUUGGAUCCUAUUGUGGAGCUUGGUUGGAAAAAAACUGGGAGCCUUCUAGUCGGUAGAACUCGUGCGGAGUCAGACAUGCUAAAAGGGAGGGUGAAACAGCUUAGUGAGGCUGGGUUGAAAGCCGAGUUCCUGGGUAGCAGUGAUUUGUUGAAACGGGAACCUGAUCUGUUGGUGGAUAAAGACACUGCAGCUGCAUUUCUACCAGAUGACUGCCAAUUGGAUGCUCAUCGUACUGUUGCAUAUAUUGAAAAGGGUAAUAGGAAUUUUGCCUCAAAAGGAAGAUAUGCAGAAUUUUAUGACGACCCUGUGAAGUGUUUCAUCAGGUCAGAUUGCAACGGAGGUGUUGAAGCUGUUCAGACUUCAAAGAAUACAUUAUACAGCAAGAAGGCGGUUAUAGUUGCUGCUGGUUGUUGGACUGGUUCUUUGAUGCAAGAUUUGUUUAGAAAUUGGGGAAUGGAGUUUCAUGUUCCUGUAAGGCCCAGAAAGGGUCACUUACUUGCGCUUCAGAAUUUUAAUUCUCUUCAAUUGAACCAUGGCCUGAUGGAGGCCGGUUAUGUUGAUCAUCCGUCGAUUUCUGAUUUGGAAUCAUCAGAUCAUGGACGGGACUUAUCUGUUUCAAUGACAGCAACAAUAGAUGCAGCAGGCAAUCUUCUUGUUGGGAGUAGCCGGGAAUUUGCUGGAUUCAACACUGAUUUGGACGAGUCUGUUAUUACUCACAUAUGGAAGCGAGUUGGAGAUUACUUCCCAAAAUUGAGAAGUCUUUCCGUUUCAGAUCUAAGCACAAGUAGAAAAGUCAGAAUAGGACUACGACCUUACAUGCCGGAUGGUAAGCCAGUGAUUGGGCCUGUGUCUGGCUUGUCAAAUGUGUACCUUGCGGCUGGACAUGAAGGGGGUGGGCUUUCAAUGGCUUUGGGGACUGCUGAAAUGGUCGUUGAUGUGGUGUUGGGUCGUCCAGGAAAAGUCGAUAGUGCUCCUUUUGCUGUGGAUCGAGUUCUUGAGUAAACACGUAUGAUUCAUGAGGCUGUAAGUAGCGGUCUAGGAUGUGAAAGCAUACAUGUUCACUUGGAAUUCUCAUACAUAAGUUCUGAGUGUGAGUUAUGUCCCUGUUGAUGUCUCUAUAUGUAGUGACUCUUAAUUAAUUUUCUUCAUCAUGUAACCCCUUUCUUUUAUUUUAUUUUUAUAGAAACUUCUGUUUUUUAGUAAUGAUCUUAUGAAAGAAUUGUUAAAGGAUA